ACCUAUAAAAUUGUUUAUUUUGCAAUUUACUUUUUCUACUAUUCUGUUGUUACCGAUUAUGGUUAUAUUACACAAAAUACUUUAAGUUCUCUUCUAAUUAUCGGUUGUACAAAUACAGUAUAACUUAAAUAUUCCGUAAAAUCUUUUUUUAAGCCACAAUGUCAGGAUUUGAGAUUAGAAAUUCUAAUUGCAAAAAAGGUAAAAGUUUAUUCGCUACAAGGCAAUAUGACCAAGGCGAUGUCAUUUUAGAAGAAGAUCCCUUGGUUUCUUGUCAAUUUGCAUGGAAUGCCGCAUACAGAUAUUUGGCAUGUGAUCAUUGUAUGAGACCAUUAGAGACACCAGAGCAAAAUGUCAGAAGGCUGUCAUGCAAACCAGAUAUUGUUUUGCCACAUUCAAAUUGCUUUGAAACAAACCUUGAAAACAUAACAACAUGUGAUCAGUGUGAUGUACUGUACUGCUGUGAAAGUUGCAAGCAACAGGCAUAUGUUGUGUAUCAUAGAAGUUUGUGUCAUAAUAUAAGUGAUGUUCAACAUCCUGUUAUGGUUCUUCUGGAAGCCUGGAAGCAAAUGCACUAUCCACCUGAAACUACAAGCAUAAUGCUUCUAGUUAGGAUGUUAGCAUACAUACAACAGAGUCCAGACCCCACUGCUGCAGCCGGCAAGAUAAAGCAAUUUUGUCACCGCACUGUGAAUGAAGAUGCAGAGCUGGUGCAUAAAUUGCUAGGAGAACAGUUUACUGAUCAGUUGAACACACUGAGAGAGUUGACUGCUAAUGUUAUUAGUGGAGAACAUGUUCAAGAGUUCCUCACACCAGAUGGUUUCUGUACAUUGAUGGCACUGAUAGGAACUAAUGGUCAAGGCAUUGGCACCAGUCCACUAGCCAUGUGGGUGAACAAUGUACUGGAGCUCACCAUGUCUGAUGAUGAAAGACAGCAGCUGGAUCUGUUUAUUGAUAAAUUGUAUCAGUAUGUUGAAGAAGAAUCUGGCACUUUUCUAAAUACAGAAGGCUCAGGGCUGUAUCAAUUGCAAAGUGCAAGCAACCACAGUUGUUCCCCAAAUGCUGAGUCUACCUUUCCAUAUGGCAACCAUAGGAUACAACUAAAAGCAUUGAAGACAAUCAUGCCUGGUGAUGAAAUAUGUAUCAGUUAUUUGGAUGAAUGUACAUUACAAAGAUCAAGACAUUCAAGGCAGAAAGAAUUAGCACAAAACUACUUGUUUGUGUGUUGGUGUGAACGCUGCAGUGCCCAAGCCUCUGAACCAGAUUGUACAAGCGAGGAGGACAUGAGCGAUGAAGAAGUGGAUGCAGAUGACUGAUGUUCUAACUUGCUUGCCCUUUGUUUGUUGGGCAUAUAAUGUUGUGAUGGACAUCUUUAGUAUGUGGCGUUGAUACUGAAAAUAGUGUGUAUUGACUGUAGUACAGAAAGUGGUAUGACACUAUACUUUUCUGUGUAGUGAAUGAUGGCAGUUCUCGUUAAUCCUUGUAAUCUUUAUUGUUUAUAUAUCUAGAAUUCUCUUUAAUGUAGACUGAUUAAUGUAAAAGUGAUAUUUAAAGUGGGUAAAGUUUGUAGGAAUUGCAACAGCAAAUGGGAAAUAAUCAGUACUCAUAGGAGUUUAUAUUAUAAUGGAGUAUUCAUUAAUUAUCUAAUUUUGAAAUAUUUUUUCUAUCUAAUUCUCCAUAUAUUGAGUGAACCAAGCCACUGACUGAAAACAUUAAAAAAGUUCUAGUGGUAACAAAACGACUAUAUGACUAGUAGACAUAAAUAGAAAAAUCGUCAAAAUAAUGAUAGGUACAAUAACGGUCAACAGUCCACAAUAGGUUAGCACCUAACAGUUCUAAACAGUUCCAUUGUUGAGGCUGUUUUGAUGCCGAUUAAACGGCCGCUCAGGUAAACCUGGAAUGCAUUACAGUGCAAUGAGGUCUGGCUAAUCUAGUAAUUAAUAUUAUUUUCUCCACUAAAUGUAAAGUAAAAAUUAUUGUAGUUAAUAUAAAAGUAUGAUAUUAUAUUUUUAAAGUUACACUAUGGCCUAAAUUAAUAUAUAAAUAUUUCGACUAUUAUAGAGUAUAAAAAAAUGAACCCCAAUUUAAAUUUAUUUAAUUUUUCAUAAUGUUAAAAUAUUUGCCACAGUAUUGUAGAAUAAAUUCUCAACUGGCCAAAUAUUUGUCUUUUUCACUAUUUACUCGAAUAUAGAAACUACAAUGUUAUGUAAUAUAAUAAAUAAUAUAUGGUAAGUUGGAAGGCCGCCUGUAGGUGAUUGUUAAAGGUGAUUACCAUUGUACCAUUGCAGACACAAAUUAAUGGUCAUCAUAAAAGUUAGUUUUGCUCAGAUGUUACAUUGAUAUUCCGCAAUUAAAUUAAACUCAUUAUAAAAACAAGUUGUCGAGGAAUUAAGUCAUAUACCCAACUAGUAUAAAGUUAUCUUAGCUGCUCGAAAUUAUGCUUUAUAUAGUUAUGAAUAAGGAGAAUUUAUAUUAAAUAACGGAUUUGUUACACAUAGUAAGAAAUUUAUUAUUUGGACUCAAAUUAUUACAGCAAAAGUGGUUUUGCUGACCACCCCAGUUCAUAUACUGUUACAACUCAUUAUUAAUUUCUAUAAAGUAAUUAAGCGGCUUGAAUAGGACAUACGAUGACUAAAGCGAAGACGACUUUUAAAGGGAUUUUUUAAAUUUUGUAUUUUAAAGCUUAUAAAAUAAUUUAUAUACAAAAUGCGCAAAUGAUAAUGUAAAUAGAAAAUAAAUCAAGUGAUUAUCGCUUGUAUCAAGCUUUGUUGUUUCUGUACAUGCUUUACUCAAGCUGCUUAACAAUUGUAAAAAUUUACACCUGUUUCACAUAUUACAUAUAAAGAAUUGUUAUAUAGUGUUAGUGAAUAUUAUUUUUUUGAUGUGCUUUUACAAUAAAAACAACGAUAUAAUGUAUACAUUAUUAAGUAACGAAAGGAACUUGUUUAUAAUUACACAAAAUUAUAUAAAGUAUCUAUAAUAACUUGGUAGUAUAUAUAACUUUAUAAAACAAUAUGUUUUUAUUUUGGUUAUGGAGCUGUUAUCAAAACUGUGCGUGUACUGUGAAUAUUCUCAGAAGCGAUGGUUUUUAUCUCCUCGGGAUACGACAUAAAGACUAACGUUUUUAUGUCGUCUCAUGUAUAUGCAUAAACGAAAUAACUUCUUUGAAAAGCAUACACUAUCCCGAGGAGAUAAAAACCAUCGCUUCUGAGAAUAUUCUUUAAUUUUUGUUCCUGAUGGGUCUAGGUAGCGAACUUUGAAAAAGGGCAAGCGCAAUAGAUCAAUGCAGGUCGCUGUGCUACAGGUCUUCGCAACUGACAAUAGCCUAAAACCCUCAAUAAAAAAAAGUAUUCACUGCGUACGUGCAUUGUCUACCAAGGUUGUUGUCUCUCGCUGAUAUUUUGUCUUUAUUAGGCUGGUUACAUACGCCUGGAUAGUCGUUGAGUUGCCUGAGUAUGACUAUUGUUUUGAUGGAAUUGAUUGGCGUAUUUGGUAGUUUCGCCUUUUUAGAUUGGCGGCAUAUUAUUGACGACCUCGGUGGUCUAGCGGUUUAGCACAACGACUUACUUCAUAUGGUCGCGGGAUUCGAUUCCUCGCACGAUGCAAAUUUGUAUACAUGAGUAUGAUUGUUUGCAUUGGUCUGGGUGUUUUUAUGUACAUUAUGUAUGUAUUUACAAAACAAUGUAAUUAUAUGUAUUUCUAUUAGGUGUCUGUUACCCAUAACGCAAGCUCUGUGUAGUUUUGGACCAGAUGGUAGUGUGU